AUGUCUUACGAUUCGGCAACUGUCAUGGCCUAUGAUGCGCUAUUGCAGAGCACGCAGUCUGCCUCCAAGAAGCGCAAGUCCCCCGAAUCACCAUCCUAUCCCAGAAACAAUCUUGCCAAGCGGCAGCGCACGGCUCCCUCCAACGAAGUAUCGCGCGACCGCUCGCACCAGCUCCCAGCGGAGCUAUGGCAUCGUAUUCUCACGUACCUCCCUCCACACUGCCUUGGCAAGCUCCUUCGCGUGAGCAAGAAAUUCCAGGGAUAUCUUGAACCAUCGAUCAGUGCUAAGCCUGUGGACCACGGAAGCAGAGAGGCUCACGAUGCCGGGGCCACCCUUUAUGGCAUCGAACCCUUCGUUCCUGGUCAUGAUUCUCGACCCCAGCUCUCGCUGAACUUUGAGGGCGGGAACAUAGAGUCUUCGGCUGCCCUGGCUGCUGCUUCUGGGCCAUGUGGCCAGCUGGGUGUCGUGGAGCCCCUUGCCGCCAACGAUAUCUGGAAGGCAUCCAGGUGCCUGUACUGGCCUGCACUACCCUCACCCCUCGAGUCCAAGACAGAGCUGGAGAUGUGGCGCCUAAUAGCCAACCGAGGAUGCCAAUUCUGUAAUUGCGAGGAACGUAGCGCGGUUCCCAAGACCACCUGGCAUACUGGUCCUGGCACAAGCGGUGCCGCACCAAUUUUCCCAUUCUCAAGUCGUGCCUGCGGAGCUUGCCUCGAGUCGCUUUGCGUCAAGGAACUUGACAUCAUUCUAGCCGGUAAGACGCCGUCUUUCCUCCUGCCCGGGAUUCCAGUGGCCUCAGUCGCUCCCUACCGUAAGGUCGUGCCGCCCUCAGCGCUCAAGGCUGGCAGAGUCCCUGCCGGCACGCCCAUUGUCAAGAUGUACUGGAAAAGCCAUGUUACACAGAUCGAGGCCAACUUUCAAAGGGUCAAGCUGCUGGGCACGGGCGCUCUCGAAGAGUGGCUCAAGGGGCUGCAGCUGAGACAAAGCUCCAUGCUGAAAGACAUGGACAGGUUGGAGAGCUGGGCUGUCGAAGAUGGCUUUACUACGAUGAAGCGACAGGUGGCGGCAACGCUGAAGCAGCCCCCGUCAGCAGUAUCCGCCUCAGCUGCAAAAUCUCGGCGAGACCCUAAGGAUGUCCUUGACGCGGAGUGGGAUGAGGUCCAAGCCCCCGUGAGGACAAGACUUGCACGAUAUGCCGAUGAUUACAUCCGACAUAAAUGGAAACACUGCAAGAAGCUCAGAUCGAAAUCCAGCGCCUUCUUCGCCACAGGACUGCUCAUGUACGCUCAAAAUAGAUUCUACAAAGAUGUUGCCAGCGAGGCGGUGCUCGAUGAACCUGUCGAGGGACCUUGGGCACAAAAGCUAACCUUGGAGAAUAUGAAGUGGCUAUUUGAUCUCAAGAUCAAGCCCCGGAUUUGGAAAAAGCAGGAAGAAUUAUUCUUGUGCAACGGCUGUUCGACCACCCAGCUAUACACCCUCGACGGCGUCAUCCAGCACUAUGCAGCCAAGCAUACCGCUUCCCUAAGCCAUGGAAACGUCGUCGUGUUUUGGAGGUCAGAAUGGCCCCGUCCGCCCCCAUUUCGACCUAAUCCUGGAGGUCCCACGGUCAAUGUGACUGAACCUGGAGAUUCCGUACAGAUCAAGCCAGAGCCGGAUGAUCAAGUCGACGCAGCACAUUCAACAAGGCUGCUGUUGACUCUGCCUCCGCAACUGAACAGAAUGCAGGAAGACCAAAUGUUGCACAUCCUCCCAGAGAAGUUCCGCGCCAUGAACAAGUUCAAAGGCCCGAACGCCAUCAGGGCAACGGCCAUUGUGCGUUGUGUAUCGCAGGAGCUCGAGGCACGAUUCGGCGAGCUAGCAACGUUCGCCACUUUCCAAAGCCUUUUCCUGCAGUGUAAGAUGUCAUUGCCUCUCAAGAAACUGAGGCGUCUCGAGUGUGCCGCUUGUUCAGGAUCAGCUCCAGUAGGUGCUACGGCGCCACAGGGAAGUAUACCGAAAUUCAAAAGCAGCAGCCAUCUGAAGGGGAGCGGGGGCAAACCCCAAUUAUAUUCUCUAGAGACUCUCUUGUUGCAUUUCCGCAAGAAGCAUGUCAAAGAAGUGCAGCUGAAUCUGGACUGGCAAACACAGAUGAUCCGUCUUCCAGAUUUGGACAGUAUAAGACAGAUGUUGCCGUCGUGGUUUGGCAAAAACGCAAACAUCGAUGCCGUGCUACAGGAUGCGUAUCCUGGGGUUGUUCCCGAGGGCGGCAGGCCUCAGCCUCGAAAGACGUUUAAUUUGAGAGGAAGAAUCUCCAGGGAUGUGCACACGCUUGCGGACCAAGGUUCAGAUGAGGAUAGCGAAGCGUCGGUCGGUCAGCCACGCCAGGCCACGAACCCCAAGUUACGGCCUCGAUCGGAUUCUCAGAAUACUGCUUACCGUAGUGCUCCACGACACCCCACAGUCGCCGACUUCAAAGGGCCACCUGUGUUGAGACCAGCUAGUGAGGUCUACGGCGCGCCCCUUAGCAAGAAGCAAUGCCGUGCGAGAGAGCGCCAAGACCUCGACUCGUCUUCCUACAGGGCGUCGAAUGUAUCUCAGAAUGUCCCAGCGGACUCAAGUAGGGGGACGCGUGAGUAUCACGCCGCACCGCGUGCCGUCCAGGAAGUCGUCCCACCGCCAUCGCACUCUUACGGCAACGACCGUGAUACUGGCUUGGCGCACGGCAGUUUCACCCGCGGGACAGCCGGCAGUGCAGCGGCGGAGGUCAUAGCCCAUGUCCCGGACCACGCUCACGAGCACCGUGAACAGAUACGGUAUCCUGAGCGUGCUUAUUCAUGGACAGCCGACCCAGGUCCACGAGCUCCUCAGCCAUAUGCGCCUCCUGACCCGUUCCAUCAGCAGAUGCCACUAUACCACCAGCCCAAGCCUCGCUACCCGCUUCACUCUGCGCGCACAGAGGCCCCCUUUUACGACAGCCUCGGACCACCUGUGUGCAUAGCCGAGGCUCCAUCACAACAAUACACACCUAUGUAUCCCCAAGACGGAUACUGCCCUCCACUCGAGGAGUUCGAGAUCGUGGAGGUGCGCGACCCAGUUCAUGGGACGUACCAUGUCCGACGUCCGGUCCGUCGUGACGUAUAUUACAUUGACGAGCAUCCUGCUCCGGGAGGGGACGACAGCUACGGGUAUCCGUAUCAUGGGGAACAGCGCUAUUCGUAUGGAGAGUCUUCCCGUUAG